AUGCGCUUCCAGGACGCCCACGGCGGCGGGUGCUCGUUCCGGAGCAAGGCAGCGGUCAAGAAGGUUGGCGUCGAUGCGACCUCGGAGACGCCGGGCGUCGAGUUUGUCUCGGCGGACACGCAGACUGCGAUCGCUGCCGACAGCUGGUGCCAGACCGAGCCGAUCGAGUCGUCGACCGGCAAGGUGGCUGUCGACGACGACCGCGUCAAGGCCUUUCUAAACGAUGUCGGUGGGCUCAUGUUGCGCGAGAUGCAGGCAAGCGCCAAGUCGCUGGCCUUUGACGACUUUUCGGUCGAGGAGGCCGAUGCUGACGACGCCGACCUCACGCGCCUCUUUACGCUCUCGUUUGACUUUUUCACGCACUUCAAGGCGCCGGCCGAGAGCAACGGCGGGCGCCCUUCGGCGUUGCAGUUGCAAUGCACGGGCGUCUCGUGGAAUGCCACUGGGUCCGUGCUUGCGGUCGCGUAUGGCCGGUUUGACCACUCGGGGUGGUGCGACUACCGGUCCGCGCUCUGUCUUUGGAACAUCUUCCACCCUGACUUCAACGUGGCCAAGCCCAGUGUCGUGCUCGAGACCUCGAGCGGUCUCAUGUGCGUUGCACACCACCCAACGAUGCCUGCUGUCGUCGCCGCCGGCUCGUUCAACGGCGAAGUGCUCGUCUGGAACACGGCGCUGGAGGAGACGCUCGUCGCGUCGUCUGGCAUUGGCGACUACUUUCAUCGCGAGCCCAUUGCCAAGGUGUCUUGGAUCUACGACCCUGUCGCACGCGACUACAAUAUUGCCAGUGUGAGCGGCGACGGCAAGGUGCUCGUGUGGCAGCUCAAGGACAAGCUCGCAUACCCUGUGGAAGGGUACCUUUUAGGCCCAAAAGCCAAGCUCAAGCCGAGCAAGGGCGCGCCAGCGCCGCUCUUUGGCGGCGUGGCACUUGCAUUUCGCACAAAUGACCGGACGAACCGCAGCUUUGUCGUCGGCUCGGAAGCCGGGUCCAUUAGCCGCUGUUUCGCCAACAAGGCGACCAAGAUGACGGCCAAAGGCGAGCUCAAGUGGUCCAACAACGCCCUUCGCAUCGCGAGUAUGGCACCGCAGCCAGCCGACUUGCGCCGCUUCGUCGAAGCGUAUGCCAAAGACAAGAAGCUCCGAGACGUCCGCGUCAGCGCAGUUUUUGACGCCAAACCCGAUCUCAGCGCCCUGUACCCGAGCGCACUCGACUUUAGCUUUGAAGCGCACGGCGGCCCUGUGUACGACAUGGCAUUCUCGCCCUUCCACGGCAGCCUCUUUCUCUCGUGCUCGUCCGAUGGCAGCGUGCGGCUGUACCACUACCUCCAACGGGACCCGCUGCUCGUCUUCCAAGUCGGCACGAGCUAUCUGUACGCCGUUGCGUGGUCCAAGACACGCCCGCUCGUGUUUGCGGUCGCGAGUGAAGAUGGCAAUGCCUACGUCUACGAUCUGCAGGUGAACCGACUCAGCCCGGUUGCGACCUUGUCGCUGCCCGAGGGGAAGCAGCGCGCAGCCGCCUUGUACACGGUCGAAUUCAACCCGCGCCAGCGCAACUUUGUGGCGUGCGGUGACGGCAACGGCCUUGCGUACGUGUGGAAGCUCAGCUGGCGGCUCUCCAACUUGCGUCCGGACGAACGCGCCGUCCUCGACGGGAUCGCCGAGCUCCGGUCGUCCAACAACAGCACAUAG